CGGAAUGCUAACGGCGCAGUAGAAAACACCACCACCGGGAGCUGCGCGGGGAGCUGCUUUCCACCAAGCGCAGGGGGUCCCGAGGUCGAGGCAGGGAAGCGGGCACCCGCCCGCUGGGAGCGCUCCUCCGCGCCGCCCGACCCCGUUGUGCGGCAGCAGCCCGCCGUCACCCUGCGGGACGCACUGCCCGGGUCACCGCCCCUUCGCGCUCGGCGGGGCUGCGGGGAGGAGCGGGCGCCGGGGCUCUAUAAGGCCGUCCCGUCGGCCCGGCACCGCGCUCACAGGGCGGAGAGCUGCGCCUCGCACCGCCCCGCGCUGCAGCCUUGGUUGGCGGGGUCCCGUCGCCUUCCUCCCGCAGCUGCACAUCUGCUUUUGGGUCGGGCUGCAAGGGUGAAUUGCUCCGGUGGCAUGGGGGGCUUCAGCGUUUGGGACUAUGUGGUCUUCGCCGCCAUGCUGCUGGUGUCGGCUGUCAUCGGCAUCUACUACGCCUUUGCGGGAGGGGGACAGAAGACCUCCAAGGACUUUCUCAUGGGGGGCCGAAGCAUGACUGCCGUCCCCGUGGCUCUCUCACUCACCGCCAGCUUCAUGUCAGCUGUCACUGUGCUGGGCACCCCCGCCGAGAUCUACCGCUACGGUGCCAUCUUCUGCAUCUUCGCCAUCACCUACGCCCUGGUGGUGCUGUGCAGUGCUGAGAUAUUCCUGCCUGUCUUCUACAGGCUGGGCAUCACCAGCACUUAUGAGUAUUUAGAGCUUCGAUUUAAUAAAUACCUGCGUCUCUGUGGAACAUUCCUCUUCAUUAUACAAACGACUUUAUACACUGGUAUUGUCAUUUACGCUCCAGCUUUAGCACUAAAUCAAGUCACGGGCUUCGACCUGUGGGGCGCCGUGGUGGCAACUGGCGUGGUCUGCACUUUCUACUGCACAUUGGGCGGUCUGAAAGCAGUGGUGUGGACAGAUGUUUUCCAGGUUGGAAUCAUGGUGGCUGGAUUCUCGUCUGUGAUUAUACGAGCUGUGGUAGUCCAGGAGGGAAUUGGACGCAUUGUAAAUGAUUCCUACUAUGGAGGAAGAUUAAACUUCUGGGACUUUAAUCCCAAUCCGUUGCAAAGGCACACCUUCUGGACGAUUAUUAUAGGUGGGACCUUCACAUGGACUGGCAUUUAUGGUGUCAACCAGUCUCAAGUACAGAGAUACAUUGCAUGCAAAACCAGGUUCCAUGCAAAAAUGUCCCUCUACAUCAACCUGGUGGGCCUCUGGGCGAUCUUGGUCUGCGCAACGCUCUGCGGGCUGUCCCUGUACUCCAUCUACAAGGACUGUGACCCAUGGACGGCAAAGCAAGUGUCAGCACUUGACCAGUUGAUGCCCUAUCUCGUGCUGGAUAUUCUCAGCGAUUUUCCAGGAGUGCCAGGGCUUUUUGUGGCUAGUGCCUACAGUGGGACAUUAAGUACAGUGUCCUCCAGCAUCAAUGCUUUGGCUGCUGUGACUGUCGAAGACCUCGUUAGGCCAUACUUUAGAUCCCUUUCUGAAAAGAAGCUGUCAUGGAUUUCCAUGGGGAUGAGCCUAUUUUAUGGCGGAGUCUGCAUUGCUAUGGCUGCACUGGCAUCUCUCCUGGGUGCCUUGCUCCAGGCAGCUCUCAGCAUUUUUGGCAUGGUUGGUGGCCCCCUUUUAGGACUGUUUGCCUUGGGAAUCCUCUGCUCCUUUGCAAAUGGAAUUGGUGCAUUUGUGGGUCUUAUCACUGGCUUUGUUAUUUCACUUUGGGUUGGAAUUGGUUCUCAGAUUUAUCCUCCCCUCCCAGAGAGGACUAUGCCUCUCCCCCUUUCAACUGCAGGCUGUAACAUAUCCAUCGCAAGCAAUUUGACUACACCAACAGAAAACCCAUUAACAACAAUCUUCAGCACACAGGCUGCAGAAAGGCCUGUCCUGGCAGACCACUGGUAUUCCUUGUCCUAUCUCUACUUCAGCACCCUUGGGACACUUACCACAAUAGCUGUGGGAAUGAUUAUCAGCCUCCUAACAGGAGGACUGAAGCAGAACACAGACCGUAAAUUCCUGCUGACCAAAGAAGAUUUCCUGUCCAACUUCUCCUGGUCUAAAUCUGAGACAGCGGAGAAAGUGGUUGUGUUGAACUGGAAAUCAUCUACAAUGCUAGCCGAAGGAACUGACAACCCUGCUUUCAGCCACAUCGAAAUGGAUGAAGCAAGUGAUAAGAACAAAGCCAAUGGCCUUCAUAUAUGACGUGGGGCCAUGUCAGCCCUUGAGGACAGUUUUGUUCAUGUAAAGCACUGUUGACACUCCUGUGCCGGGUCAGUUACCAGCCCUGCCAAGGUCACCGGCAGGAGUCUGCUGAGCUUCAUGGUGCUGUCACCCGUGCACAACCUUGACAUCAGUCAAGAAAGGAAUCAGGUCUUUCCUGCUCUUGUUGUCUCUCACACUCUGGAUCUUGGUGACAGGGCUUAAGGCAAUGUAUCAGUGUGGAAUAUUCCCCUGAUAUUCUUGGGCCUCUUGGAAAAUACCUGCUUUUACUUUCAGUUCAUUCUCGGAGUAAAUGUUUUAUUUGGUAAGAGUGCUGUCCCCUGGAUAUGACUGUUCUCUGUGGGCUUUUUUUUUCUUUUUUCUUUUAAGGCAUUGGAAGAUUGAAGAGAUCAGUACUGUGGGGUAUUAUCAGAUUGCGGGAAACAGUGGAUCUUCUUUUUAGUGGAGGAGAUAUAGCUAGUGCCCUCUGAUUGCUUUGUAGAACUGAUCCUGAGAGCAUAUUUAUUUUGCUGGUUCUGUCAUACGUUUGCUUUCAUUAGUCUCAUUCUUUGGUUACCUGUAUCUCCUCUCAUGUGCUCGCUGUUGGAUGCUACAAAACUGUCUUUGGAGAUGGGUAAAAACAAGCAUCAGUAAUACCCUUCCCUCUACUCUCUACCUCACUCUAUAGCCCCAUCUUGCACCAACAGUGAUGGCCCUCAUGGUGAAGUGAGCAAUCUGGGCUCUUCAUUCUGUGCCAUGUAGCAGAACCAGAUGCUGGCCCAUAACUGCUCUUGCACUGAGCUGGGUGUAUAGUAGGAAAGGUGUUAAUGUAGGAAGAGGAUCCUCUUUGCUGUAUUGGAAUAGAGAGAAAGCUGCACCUGCAGUUGCUGUUAUCUGUGGAGCUGUGAACUGAAACUUAUUGUAACCAUUUGUGUUCUUGCAGUCCCUGUUGUCUCUCCAAGGUUCCACUUGCAAGUUUGGGCCAGAUCAGUCUAGAACAUAUUUUGUGUUUUGCCAAGAGGGCAGGGUCUGCUGUUCUGUCCUUGGGAGAGGAAGGGAUUGCAAAGGCUGGAGUUGCAUGAAGUCUCUUCAUGGCUGCAGGGCAUGGGAUGGCUCAUCCUCUGGCUGCUGAGAGGAGCUGAAUAGCAUAUAUGUCCUUACAUUACUUCUGGUUUGAGAGGGUAAAAACCCCAUAGCUCCGUUAUCCUAAUUGCUUGGGGAACAGGCUGUUUGACUCACUGUGUCAGUUUUGUACUAUGCACUUUUUGUGACAUCAGUUGAUGGGGGUUUAAAACUGCUGCAGCGUCAAGUUGGUAAAUAAAAAUCAUUUCAGGAAAGGCAAGCAGUGAAGCUUAUAAAGCAGUCACGCUUGAGACACAAAUCAAACACUGACUGUGUGUCUUAAACUCUUUCGAGAAGUUACACUGAGUUGUGCUGGGUGCUGAGCUGCUAUUAUUUGGGAUUUGAUAGUAGUAGUUUGUGUAUUCUGAUUUGGGCCCUUUAGCACUUAUCCCAAGCUAUUUUGUGCCUCCUGACAGCAGGCAUUUGAUGAUCUACUGCAUAAAAUGGGAUCAGUAAACUUUAGGAGGCAAAAAUGGGAGCAGGCUUCUCCUAGCAGGGUACAGGCCAGAUAUACCCUACAUGGGUUGCCACUAGGAGCACAUCUCCACUGGCCAACCAGUGCAAAUGAUGAAGGCAGGCUUCCCCUUUGCCACCUGAGGUGUAGGCUUGCAAGAUGCAGAGCAGACUCCUUGUCUCCCACUCAUCUGCUGAGGUACUUUUGGCCCAUGGAUAUGAACACCUAUUAAGUACUGAUAUCUCCACUCAGCUGCAGAGAGCCAAAACGCUAAGUGAAGAGGACAGGUGUCCCUUUGUGUGCCUCUGCUCAGUGGUGUAUAGUAAGCCAAGGGCAGAACAGAAACCUGCAGCAAGGCCUCUGUGCCUUCUGGUAGGACUACAGCACUCCCAACACACAUGCUGCACUCCCAUCUGACCAUGAUCCUCAGGAGGGUGAUUGAUCAGUACAGCCCUUCAUUGCACCACAUUGCACCACACCAAAGGUGAGAUCCUUGUUUUGAAUUGAUGCUGCCUUGGAUGACCUGUGACUUCUACCUGUUUUGUUCAUGGAGUGAAGGCUAAUCUUUCCAGCAAUCACAGUUAAGAAAUAAUGUAGUGUCAUGGAGUUUAUUCUUAGCACUUUGAAUUCACAUGGGAAAACACGUAGGUCUUCGCUUGAAGUCACUCUUUGAAGACUGAUCAGUCAUUUUACUCUAAUUUUCAUGUGACGUGAAAGCUUGGGCCAGAUGGUAUCUGUUGGCCCACAGUCACAUUGAGAUGAGUUUUUACUGGGGAAAAUACCUUGUUGAAAGAGGCUUAGAGGUAGCAUUCUUUCUGCAGAUGACCCUGGCAACUGUCCUUUUUCUCAUUAUCUAACCUCUCAUGAUUGCUGCAGAACUAAAAAGUGACUCUUCUGCUUUACUUUUUUUUUUUUUUUCCCAUAUGCUUGUUUUUUUAAUUAGCAUCACUAAUUAAAACAAUUAAUUUUGAAUAAUGCUUUCUCUGAGACUAUAUACUGUUCUUGUCUAGUUGGACACAGAGCCAGGGCUUUGCCUGUGUAAAAACAAGAUAAUUCUCAGUGUCUCCAUCUCAGUCCUGCACCAUGAUCCUUCAUCUCUCCCAGUUAAAAGCUCACCCAACAAAGAAAUGAAAGAUAACCAAUGCCAGUUAAUUCCAUGGAAAUGGGAGCACUCCACACUGCCCAAGUUACCUGCAGCAUCUGGGCUGAGAGGGGAAACAAGUGAAAACAUUAAAAAAUGAACUGAGAAGGCAACAGGAGCAAUAUUUGAUGACGUAGAUUCACAGACAGAAGGUGGUAGUGGAUCCUGGCCCCUUUUGGUCUGCGUUUACACUUGCUUCCACUCAGCUGUUCUGUUUGCUUUCUGAACAAAUAAGGUAAAUAGAAAAUAAUGCAUGGAUAUCAAACAGCAAAUAUUUCAUAUGCAUCAUUUAUUUUAAAGUUUAUUGCAUCACAUUGUACAAGCAUUAAACAUGGCUUUAUGUUGAUGAUUUUUUUACGUGUGUGAAAACUUGACAUUCUUCUCCAUAAGAUUUUUUUUCUAUUUACAAAUAAACAAUCUCUAUGUAUACUUUAUAUAUAUAUAUUAUAUAUGGUAAAUAACAUAACUCCCCUCAGAAAGAUUUAAAAUAAAGAAAGAACAGAUUUGUAAACAGGGUUUCAGUUGUAGUAUUUGGUGGCUUGAACACAGAUGGUGCUCUAUACCUAGGCUUUUUCUUUUGUCAAAGUAUCCAGGGUGUUCAUUUACAUUUAUUAUUCUAAGGUUUGUAAAACUAAUGUGGGACAGAAUGCAAAAAUCGUAGCAAAUUGGCUGAAAAACAGUCCCAAUAUACAAUUUUUCCUUGGUUUUAAAAACUGGCGUGUAACUGCUCAUAAAGUACAUGCUUGCUGUCAAGAGUAGUCUAUAGAGAUCGAUCCUAUGCUGAUUGCAAGAUGAUUUCACAGUAAAUCCUUUGAUGUGUGUUGUCCUGCUUGCUAUGGCAAAUGUCUGUGGCAUGCAUUGAGGUUGCAUUUUUUCUCAUUCCUUUGAAGAUAGUGCUCUUGUGGAGCUGGAAUAAGUAAACAACGUACAGGGCCGUCACCUGGAGUUUUAAACAAAACCCAUCCAUCAUCAGAUCAGAAAGAGCAGAAUGGCAUAAAUUUUCUAUCUACAGACUGUUUUAAAUUCUAUGUAUUAUUGUUAGCCUAUUGUAUGUGUUAUACUUCCUUAAAUAAUGGAGUAAAUAAAAAGGAGGUUGUCUUUC